GAAGUGGAACCGCGCCGAGAGCCCUGCCUGAGGCGCGUGGCGGGGUCCGGAGUCGCGCCAGGGCUUAGGGCGCGCGCGGCCGUAUCGCCAUGGUGUCGGCCAGCGCGUGCGCCGGCCAGGUGGGCGCCGUGCUGCCUCUGCUGCUGGUGCUCUUCGACCUGCUCGGCGAGGGAGUCGAAUGUGGAAUAAAUGCUGAAGUAGAAAAACAACUUGAAAUGGGCAAGAAGUUAUUGGCAGCCGGACAGCUAGCUGAUGCCUUGUCUCACUUCCAUGCUGCUAUAGAAGGGGACUCUGAUAACUACAUUGCCUAUUAUAGAAGAGCUACAGUAUAUUUGGCCAUGGGCAAAUCUAAAGCUGCAAUUCGUGAUUUAAGUAAAGUGGUUGAACUAAAGCAGGAUUUCACAUCAGCAAGAUUACAGAGAGGACAUUUAUUUCUUAAGCAAGGAAAAUUUGAUGAAGCAGAAGAAGAUUUCAAAAAUGUGCUCAAAUCUAAUCCCAGUGAUAAUGAGGAAAAGGAAGCCCGGUCUCAACUGAUGAAAUCUGAUGAGUUGCAGCGCCUGCAUUCACAGGCACAGUCUCUGUAUCGUCAGGAGGAUUAUACUACUGCUAUAAGUCUCCUUGAUGGGAUUCUAGAAGUUUGCGUUUGGGAUGCAGAGCUGCGGGAGCUUCGAGCUGAAUGCUAUAUAAAGGAAGGAGAACCAGGCAAAGCCAUUAGUGACUUAAAAGCUGCGACCAAACUGAAGAAUGAUAACACUGAAGCCUUCUAUAAAAUCAGCACAAUAUACUACCAGUUGGGGGACCAUGAACUGUCACUCAGUGAAGUCCGAGAGUGUCUGAAACUUGACCAGGACCAUAAGCUGUGUUUUUCUCACUAUAAACAAGUAAAGAAACUUAAUAAGCAAAUCGAGUCAGCAGAGGAACUCAUCAGGGAAGGCAGGUACACAGAUGCCAUCAGUAAAUAUGAAUCUGUAAUGAAAACUGAGCCAAAGGUUCCUAUUUACACUACUCGUGCCAAAGAAAGGAUCUGUCACUGCUUCUCAAAGAAUGAGCAGUCUGCUGAAGCCAUAAAAGUUUGCACAGAAGUUCUGCUGCUGGAACCAGCUAACGUGAAUGCCUUAAAAGACAGAGCAGAAGCCUAUUUAUUAGAAGAGCAAUAUGAGGAAGCUAUUCAAGAUUAUGAAACUGCUCAGGCCAACAGUGAAAAUGACCAACAGAUUCGUGAAGGCCUAGAGAGAGCCCAGAGGAUGUUGAAGCAAUCUCAGAAGAGAGAUUAUUACAAAAUUUUAGGAAUAAAAAGAAAUGCAAGAAAACAAGAAAUCAUAAAAGCAUAUAGAAAGCUAGCAUCUCAGUGGCACCCUGAUAACUUCCAGAAUGAAGAGGAGAAGAAGAAGGCAGAGAAAAAGUUUAUUGAUAUAGCAGCUGCUAAAGAAGUACUUACUGACCCAGAAAUGAGGAGGAAGUUUGAUGCAGGAGAAGAUCCACUGGAUGCAGAGAGCCAACAGGGAGGAGGAAGCCCUUUUCACAGAACCUGGAACACAUGGCAAGGAUUCAACCCUUUCAGCUCUGGAGGACCAUUUAAAUUUAAAUUCCAUUUUAAUUAGAACCAAGACUAUUUUUCUGUGGCUGCCACUGAUUUAUUUAACUUUUUUUUAAUUUAAAAACUACGUCCAGGAUUCAACAAUUUAAAUUUCAAAUAUGUUGCCCUUAACGAAAGAGUUACUUUAUUAGAAGGAAAGCUAGCUCUUUAAUAUUAUAAAAAAAUAAAAAGUUUUGCUGCAGUGUGAAUUUAACAAUCCUGUAAUUGUGAAUGGGUGGGCCAGGAUUUUGUUAGCACUAAUAUAUUUGCUGUAGUGCAUGCCGAAAUCCUGACUACCACUGAGGAAGAAACAUUGACCUGGAAAACAUAUAAACACAUGCUUAAAUCCUAUCAGUCAAUGACACUUUAAGAAUGUGCUUAAAUGCUUUUUGGAACUAGAGCCUAAUAGAGGUGUAAAAGGUUACUAUGUAUAGCAAUCUUUAUAGUCACAAAUGAAAAUUUCAGUUAGUGUAUGCAGGGUAAUGAUCCAUCUUUCAGUAUUCUUAAAAAGAAAGACUAAUGACUUGACCAACUACUGCAUUGUGUUGUUUUGGUCACACUGAUGUGGUACAUAGAGUGUGAAGAGGCCACUACAGAUUGGUUUUAAAUAAUCUUUUUAAAAUAAGAUUGUUACUGUCUACCUACUUAUAUUUGUUUGGUAAUCUGAAAUCAGUUGGAAUGAUUAGUCCUUAUUAUAAUGGCAUCUGUCAAACAUGAAAGUAAAAAAUUCCCUCAUUUUGAAUAUUUUGCUUCUGAAAGAUACUUAAAUAGCCAGAGUUUCUUGAUUGGUUUUGUAUUUUGUACUUUUUACACAAAACCUGCCUGAGAUUUGAGCAGGGCACUUUAAUGUGACACUUCCCCAAAUAUGCAGCAACUUACAUCUGAUUUUAAUAAAUACUUUAAAAUAAGGAGAAAUGUGUAAAAGGUAACUUCUGCUAGUGCCCAAUUCGGGAUCCAUAUAAGUUUAAAGUGACUGUGUAGUAGGUUAUAGAUCCAAACUGUAAUAGAGUCUGGCAUCUGUAAAGGAAAAGAGUCUGAAGCUAGGGUUGCACCUUAUUAAAACUUCACUUCUCUUCUGGGUGACAGGUGGACAAAAUAAUGUGCGUCUUGCCAUGCAAUUGCUCUAGCGGUCCUUGUGAAGCAGCCAAGGUAUCAGUGCCUUGCUGGUUUGGCCAGAAUAAAGCAAGUUUUAUUUUAGGCCAAAGCAUGUAGACUGAGUUGUUUAAGCACAAAUGGGAUACAAUUGUGACUUCGUUUGAUGAUGGGUGGUAGUGUGGCAACUGUAACAGUCAAGUACACAACUGAGUAGUCUCAACAAUGUAAUUGUGAAGGUGAAAAAAUAAUGAAUGGUUAAUAACUGGUUUCAAUAGAAGCCACUCUUAGAACAGCUGAUUUUUUAAAUCAAGAACAUGUUAGUAAAUUCCAUUUCUGUAUUUCAGCUGGAAAACCACCUAGUUAAAACCUUCUCUCAAUCUAUUCAUCCAACUUAUGUUUCACUGAAAGCAUGGUGAGGAAUUGACUUUUGUUUUACUAAGUCAUCUUUGAAGAAUUAAGCAUGCUACUUGAAAGAGUAAUUGUACCACUACAGAGGCAGAUGUUAUCCAAGCAUAUGUCCUGUUUUCCUAAAUUAUACCGCAUACUUCAGUGUUUGAAUUAAUUCUGCAGUCACAUGGCUCACUGAAAUGCACUUUGACAAGUAUUUAAAGCGAAUGACUGCAUCGCACCUCUCAGUGUGUGGGGGUCUGUGUGAGCAUUGUUUGGCGUGCCAGGGGCAAUGGGGGGGAAUAGCACUUUAUGGGUGGAGAGUGGGAGAGGCUCAGAAGCUGCUGCAAAAGGGGGAGUGGGUCAGGUGUGGCAAUACUGACUCAUCCCCAGGGAAUGGAAGGGCUGGGGAGUUGAAAAGGGGCAAGCCAGGCAGGAAAAGCCCCUUUUUCCCUGGACCAGGCAGAGCAUCACCCACACUCCCCCCCCCUUUAGGGUAGAAAAACUUCAGGUGUGGUCCGGACCUGCUGUGGGUAUUGUGCUAGCUGCUCCUCUUCUAGGGGGGCUAGAGAGGACUUUUCCGCUCACCACCAGAUUGGCCAAGGUGGAGUUUGUUUUUUUUUCCACCUGCCCCACAGCAGCUUUUGGGGGGGGGGGGACCUUGUUAUGGUGAGUAGGGAGGGGAGUUAAGCUGUGAUGUAACAACUCAUUAUGUAAGUAAGUGUGGGGCGGAUGUCCAGUGCAGGUGCUGCAUCGGGAAGGGAUACAAUGGCUGGAUAAAUGGGUUGGUAAAGGACUUAAAAAAGUGUUUAUUACAGGAGCUGAAUGGGGUCAGGGCCCUUAUGAUUGGUAAGGCAGUGAGCCAACCCCCCUUUCUUAUAUCCCACCUUAACCUUUGUUUGUGGGGAGAGGUAAGAAAGAUCCCAGCAAUGGGUUGGCUGUGAGACCUGAAUGGGGAAAAAAAGGGAGCCAGUGUAAGUAAGUCCCCCGGGUGUGUAGUGAAUGAACAUGGAGUUACCUGUACUGUACACUUUUUUCUUUGCCAGAUAGUCCCAGCCAUCUAAUAAUAAAGUUGCUGCCUGAUUAAACCCAUA